AUGUUAGAGUCCCUAGCUGCUAAUUUAUUAAACCGUUUAUUGGGCUCAUAUGUGGAAAAUUUCGACCCUAAUCAAUUAAAUGUUGGUAUAUGGAGCGGUGACGUGAAGUUGAAAAACUUAAAACUAAGAAAGGACUGUCUGGACUCACUAAAUUUGCCCAUAGAUGUGAAAUCAGGGAUACUGGGCGAUUUGGUCUUGACGGUCCCAUGGUCAAGUUUGAAGAACAAGCCCGUGAAAAUCAUUAUCGAAGACUGUUAUUUAUUGUGCUCACCACGUUCAGAAGAUCACGAAAACGAUGAGGAGAUGGUAAAGAGAGAGUUUCGUUUGAAAAUGAGGAAAGUGGCCGAAUGGGAACUGACUAACCAGGCUCGCAUAUUGAGCAAUCAAUCAGAGAAUAAGACAUCGUCUUCUUCGUCGGAAAGUAACAACGCUGGAUUCAUGCAAUCUUUGACUACAAAAAUCAUAGACAAUUUGCAAGUUACCAUAAAAAAUAUUCAUUUAAGAUACGAAGACAUGGAUGGAAUCUUCACUACUGGCCCGUCUUCCGUUGGGCUGACGUUGAAUGAGCUAUCAGCCGUCUCUACAGAUCUCAACUGGAAACCAAGCUUCAUCGACAUCACUCAAAAUAUUACCCACAAACUACUAACUUUGAAUUCACUUUGUUUGUACUGGAAUACGGACUCUCCACCUUUGAUUUCUGAUGAUGAUCCUAAUAGAAGCUUAGAGAAUUUUAUAACAAGUUUCAAAGAUAUGAUCGCAUCCAACGAUAUGACACUCCCCAAGCAUCAAUACAUUUUAAAACCGGUCAGUGGACUGGGAAAACUAAGUAUUAACAAGCUCGGCUCGACGGAGGAACAACCUCAUAUCGACUUACAGAUGUUCUAUGAUGAGUUUGGUCUAGAGCUAGAUGAUACGGAAUAUAAUGAUAUCUUGCAUGUCUUAUCGAGUAUACAAUUGAGACAAAUUACCAAAAAAUUCAAAAAAGUCAGGCCAUCCUUCACGGUUAGUGAAAAUCCAACGGCAUGGUUCAAAUAUAUUGCUUCCUGUGUUGUGAACGAGAUUCAUGAAAAAAAUGACAUGUGGACUUGGGAAAGUAUGAAGGAAAAAUGUGAACAACGGAGAUCGUAUACAAAAUUAUGGGUUGAGAAAUUGAAAUUAAAAAAUCUAGACACUCCAUUACGUGAUUCUAGUCAAGAGGCUCAGCUAUCUGAACUACAUAAAGAUCUAACUUACGAUGAAAUUAUCCUGUUCAGAUCUGUUGCUAAAAGACAGUAUGCGCAAUAUAAAUUGGGCAUGAGCGAAGACUCUCCAACACCCACUGCCAGCUCCCAUAUUGAACCACAAACUGCCAACAAGUCUACUAACGGCGGCUGGCUCUCUUCGUGGUGGAAUGGUAAACCUACCGACGAGGUGGAAGAAGAUUUAAUAAUGACGGAGGAGCAGCGCCAAGAACUUUAUGAUGCUAUUGAGUUCAACGAAAACGAAGAUAAGACUCCUGUACUGCAACUGCCUAGGGACAGAGUUGAACUUCGUGUAACAAGUCUAUUAAGGAAGGGUUCAUUCACUAUACGUAAGAAAAUGCAAAACCUAAACCUGGGAUCCAUUAUUUUUGAAAAUUGUAGAGUGAAUUUUGAACAAAGACCAGAUUCAUUUUUAUCAAGCUUCCAAUUGAACAAGUUUAGUUUGGAAGACGGCUCACCCAACGCAUUGUAUAAGCAUAUUAUCAGCGUUAGGAAUUCAUCCAAAGACCAGUCUUCAAAUGAUGGCCUCGCCACUGAAGAGGAAGGAGAAGAACCUUUAUUGCGUGCCGCGUUCGAGCUAAACCCAUUAGAUGGAUUAGCCGAUUCAAACCUUAACAUCAAGCUACUAGGAAUGACUGUGUUUUAUCAUGUUCAUUUCAUUACCGAAAUCCACAAGUUCUUCAAGGCAUCGAACCAACACAUGGAAACAAUCGGUAACAUCGUCAACGCCGCAGAAGCCACUGUAGAGGGCUGGACAACGCAGACGAGAAUGGGUAUAGAGUCUUUAUUAGAAGACCACAAAACUGUAAACGUAUCUUUAGAUUUGCAAGCACCAUUGAUCAUACUGCCGUUAGAUCCCCAUGAUUGGGAUACUCCCUGUGCAAUCAUUGAUGCUGGUCAUAUUUCUAUACUAAGUGAUUUAGUCCCAAAGGAAAAAAUAAAGGAAAUAAAACAGUUAUCUCCGGAAGAAUAUGACAAAAUUGAUGGUAACGAAAUAAACAGGCUAAUGUUCGAUAGAUUCCAACUCUUAUCUCAGGAUACUCAGAUAUUUGUUGGUCCUGAUAUUCAAUCGACUAUAGGUAAGAUUGAUACCGCUUCGUCUACGAACGAUUUUAGAAUUUUGGAUAAGAUGAAGUUAGAAUUGACCGUAGAUCUAUCAAUUCUGCCUAAAGCAUAUAAAUUACCUACCAUAAGAGUUUUUGGUCACUUACCUCGCCUGAGUCUUUCGAUAAAUGAUAUUCAAUACAAGACUAUUAUGAACUUGAUCGCAAAUUCUAUACCCUCUAUGGUUGAUGAUGAGGGAAACAACGGCGAUUAUAUCGAUUAUUCUUCAACUGGUUCCGUACAGGAGAUGAAAAAGCAAAUACAAUUGCAAUUGAGGAAUACAUUGAAAGCGUUGGAAAACAUGCAACCAUUACAAAUCGAACAGAAAUUCUUAGAACUACAUUUUGAUAUCGAUCAAGCAAAGAUAUCAUUCCUUCAAUGUAUCAAGAAUGAUUCCAGAGACAGUGAGAAGUUAAUUGAUAUCUUAUGUCAGAGGUUGAACUUCAAUUUUGAUAAAAGGGCCAAAGAAAUGAAUUUGGAUUUGAAGGUACAUUCAUUGAAUGUUGAAGAUUUCAUUGAGCCGACUGAUAACAAAAUAUUCAAGAACCUGAUAUCUUCAGAUGUUGAAAAAGCGACAAGAUCUCCUAAAGAUUUGUUUACAUUGAAGUAUAAGAGAGUUCAAAGGAUCGUGACUCAUGAUGCUACUUUGAUUGAACUAUUUGAUCAAGAUAUUGUCAUGCAUAUGAGUGAAUUGCAACUAGUAUUGACACCUAAAUCUGUCUUAACUUUGAUGAACUAUGCAAUGCUUACAUUUACAGAUCCGAAUGCUCCAGAAAUGCCUGCUGAUGCGCUAAGACAUAAUAAAGAAGAUAGGGAGGAUGCACCACAAAAAAUUAACAUGAAGAUUAAAAUGGAAGCGGUAAAUGUUAUUUUAAAUGAUGAUUCCAUAAAACUAGCAACGUUGGUUUUGUCAGCGGGAGAGUUUAUGAUGGUUCUACUUCCAGAAAAAUACAGUAUUAAUUUAAGACUAGGUGGAUUAGAGUUAACUGAUGAAACAAACGAAUCAUUUUCAAGAGAUUCAGUGUUUAGAAAAAUAAUUCAGAUGAAAGGGGAGGAAUUAGUCGAGCUGAGCUAUGAAUCAUUUGAUCCGACCACAAAUAUCAAAGACUAUGAUUCGUUUUUAAAAUAUUCUACUGGUUCUAUGCAUGUUAACUUUAUCGAAAGCGCCGUUAACAGAAUGGUCAAUUUCUUUGCUAAAUUCCAAAAAUCCAAAGUUUCCUUUGAUAGAGCUCGUCUUGCUGCGUAUAAUCAAGCUCCUUCUAUUGAUUCCGUCAACAACAUGAAGAUGGACAUUGUAAUAAAGGCUCCUAUUAUCCAGUUUCCAAAAUUAGUGGGUGCACAAGAGAAUGAUUAUGACUUGAUGAGAUUCUAUUUAGGUGAAUUUUUUAUCGAAAAUGUGUUUUCUGUGGUUGACGAGUCUCACAAAAUAAAUCAUAUCAAACUAGGUGUCCGCGAAGGUCAAUUAUCCUCUAAUUUAAUUUUUGACGGCUCAAAUCAACAACUAUAUCUAGUUGAGAACAUAGGUUUACUAUUUAAUAUAGACCGGGACCCACUUCCACAAGACGACACUCCUGAACUUAACAUAACUAGUAAUUUUGAAUCGUUUGCAUUGGAUUUGACUGAGAAUCAGCUGUCUUAUUUAUUCGAGAUUUCCAGUAAAGUCUCCUCUGCCUUCAACAUAAUAGAUGAAGAUUCCAGCGCAUUAACAGGAAAUGAAGCUGUUGAAAGUCCUUCUCCUGAUUUCAUUCCAUCUAGUAGUGAGAGUGAACGCACAGCUACUCCUCAUUCUCUGCAAGAGUCUAAUGGCAGUAAUAUGAAGAAUCCCGACCAGAAAUACCUGGAUUUCUCAUUCAAGGCUCCCAAGAUCGCCCUUACUCUAUAUAAUAGAACAAAAGGUGUUACUUCUUUAAAUGACUGUGGUCUAACAAGAAUCAUGUUUCAAGACAUUGGGUGCAAUCUUUGUCUUAAGAAUGAUGGGACCAUCGAUGGCCAGGCUCAUGUUGCCGCUUUCAGGAUAGAAGAUAUCCGUAAUAUAAAAGACAACAAGCAUACAGAAUUGAUACCAAAGAGCAAGAAUAAAGAAUAUCAAUUUGUGGCAAAUAUCACUAGAAAGAAUCUUCAAGCCGGGCGUCUGUUGAACGUUUCCAUGACAAUGGAUAGUCCAAAAAUGAUUUUGGCAAUGGACUAUUUAAUUUCUCUCAAAGAAUUUAUUGAUGUGUUUACAUCUAAUAGCUCUGAAAACAGCUUAUAUUAUCCUGAGAACACAAGCCAAAGGCCUGGAAAUAAAGCCAUCGUUGAAAGCGUAGAAGAAAAUAAGAAUGAAACUAAAAUACAAUAUUCUAUUAAUAUCAUUGAAACAGCUCUUAUUUUACUUGCUGACCCAUGCGAUAUGAAUAGUGAAGCUAUAUCUUUUAGGAUAGGACAAUUUUUGGUAACUGACCAGAAUAUUACGACAGUAGCGGCCAAUAACGUUGGCAUCUUUUUGUUUAGAAUGAACUCAUGCGAGGAAAAAUUGAGAUUAUUGGACGACUUUUCAUCCUCGUUAACUAUUGAUAAAAGAAAUUCAACUUCUCAGACUUUAUUAACGAACAUACAGCUUUCUAUUCAGCCACUAUUAAUGCGUAUUUCGCUUAGGGAUAUUCGUUUGGCUAUGGUAAUAUUCAAGAGGGUCACCACCCUGCUAAAUAAGAUGAGUGAGAAACAAAACAAUAUCGAGGAUGAUGAAAGUACAGAAAAGAUUCAAUUCUCUCGCGAAUUCGAAAGGAAGUUAGCAGUCCUAGAUCCCAGCAUUCUGGGUGAGCGGAGCAAACCUAGCCAGAGCUCAGAACUUGAGUCCAUUGAAGAGCCUGGUGCAAUUUUGAAAAAUGAAACGUUUAAUGCCGAUUUAGGUGGUUUGAGAUUCAUCUUAAUUGGUGACGUCCAUGAAAUGCCAAUAUUAGACAUGAAUGUAAAUGAAAUUACUGCCAAUGCAAAAGAUUGGUCCACUGAUUUUGAAGCUCUCGCUUCCUUAGAAACUUAUGUCAACAUAUUCAACUAUUCGAGAUCUAGCUGGGAGCCACUUUUGGAGAUGAUCCCGGUAACAUUCCAUUUAUCAAAGGGACACUCUGAAAUGGAUCCUGCGUUUUCUUUCGAUAUUUUAACUCAAAAAAUUGCGGAAAUCACUCUGUCAGCCAGAUCAAUUGCUAUGCUUUCGCAUAUUCCUGCGUCCUUGACAGAAGAGCUACCUUUAGCAUCCAGAGUAGCUCAGAAGCCAUACCAAUUGGUAAAUGAUACAGAAUUAGAUUUUGAUGUUUGGAUACAGGACGAAACGGCUAGCAAUGAUAAAAAUAAUGUUGUUCUUUUAAGAGCAAAUACCUCCCUGCCUUGGGAAUUUGAGGAUUGGAGAAGUAUAAGAGAGAAACUGAACAUUGACAAAUCGAAGAAUGUCUUGGGAAUUUGUGUUUCCGGACAUGAUUAUAAAACUGUGAUGAACAUUGAUGCCACUACAGAAGGAGAAAACAUGCACGUUUUAAACCCACCAAAGAAUAAUGUACACAAUAGAAUCGUUUGUGAAGCCAAAUGUGAUGAGAAUAACGUGAAGAUUAUUACCUUCAGGUCAACUUUGGUUUUGGAAAACACAACUUCGACAGAGAUUGAACUUUUGGUGGAGUCCAAGGAUUCAAGUAAGCCGUCUUUGAAUUAUGCUGUUAAACCACAUGAAAGUAAAUCUGUUCCUGUAGAGUAUGCUUAUAAUUCCGAUAUCAGAAUUAGACCUGCAUCAGAGGAUGUAUAUGAUUGGUCACAACAGACUCUCUCUUGGAAAGACUUGUUAAGCAAUCACAUGUCUAUAUUCUGUUCUUCAAAGGAAGAAACAGAUCAAAGAUUUCAUUUCGAGGUUGGUGCAAAGUAUGAUGAGAGAGAGCCAUUGGCCAAAAUAUUUCCUCAUAUGAAAAUUGUGGUCUCUGCCUCUCUAAUCAUUGAAAAUUUGCUUCCAGCAGACAUCAACUUUUCUAUUUUCGAUAAAAGAGAGGAGAGGAGAACAGAUUUAUUGAAGACUGGAAGGACUUUGGAAGUUCACCAUAUUUCUUUGGACAGUUUCCUGCUGAUGUCUGUCCAGCCAUUACAAGAUGAGGCUUCAGCCUCAAAGCCUUCUAUUGUCAAUACACCACACAAGAGUCCUCUAAGCCCAGAAGACUCACUAUCUUUGACUCUGUCCGGUGGACAGGGUUUAACGCUGAAACUAGAUUACAAGAACAUUGAUGGCACGAGGUCCAAAGUUAUUAGGAUAUACUCUCCUUAUAUUAUUAUGAAUGCUACUGAUAGAGAGCUGUACAUUCAAAGUAGUCUCUUAAGCAUUGCACAAUCCAAGAUUUUGCUCGAAAACGAAAAACGGUACACUAUCCCAAAAAUGUUUUCAUUCGACAAAGAAGAUGAUAAAAGCAAUAGAGCUCGUAUUAGAUUUAAGGAAUCAGCGUGGAGUUCCAAAUUAUCAUUCGAUGCUAUUGGUCAGUCAUUUGACGCAUCUGUUAGUAUAAAGGACAAGGAACAGGAGUCCAAUUUAGGUAUUAACAUCAGCGAAGGUAAGGGGAAGUACUUGCUAAGCAAAGUCAUUGAGAUUGCGCCAAGAUAUAUUAUAAGCAACACUUUAGGUAUCCCUAUUGAGAUUUGUGAAACAGGGUCCAUAGAUAUUCAGAAAAUUGAACCAAAUAUCACCAAGCCUCUAUAUAGGAUGAGAAACAUUGUCGACAAACAAUUAGUGGUUAAAUUCUUGGGCGGCAACUCCGAUUGGUCACAACCAUUCUUCAUCAAGAACGUUGGGGUGACAUUUUUGAAGGUUUUGAAAGAUUCAAGACACAGAUUGUUGAAGAUUGAAAUUCUUCUAGACAAAGCGACAAUAUUCAUAAGAAUCAAGGAAGGUGGCGAUAGGUGGCCAUUUUCCAUAAGAAAUUUCAGUGAUCAUGACUUCAUAUUUUACCAAAGAGAUCCUCGAAAGGUUAGUGAUCCAUACAAAAAUGACCAGUCUAGUGACCCAUCAAACCGAAAUUUCAAGCCCAUUUUUUACCGAAUUCCAUCGAAGAGUAUUAUGCCGUACGCGUGGGAUUUCCCUACAGCUAAGGAGAAAUAUCUAGUGAUAGAAUCAGGUACACGUUUAAGGGAAGUUCGACUGGCAGAAAUUGGCGAACUGCCACCGUUACGUUUGGACAGAAGGUCAAAAGAUAAGCCGGCUCCUAUUGUCGGAUUGCACGUUGUUGCUGACGAUGACAUGCAAGCUUUAGUUAUUGUUAACUACAAGGCCAAUGUUGGAUUGUAUAAAUUAAAAACUGCUUCUGCAGCUAGUACUUCUACGGCCUCAGUGAAUAGUUCAGUGACUGAUGGCUUUGUACAGAAAGAUGAGGAUGAAAAAGUUAAUACACAAAUAGUCGUUUCAUUCAAAGGUGUUGGGAUAUCAUUAAUCAAUGGCCAUUUGCAGGAACUCCUUUACGUGAACAUGAGAGGCAUUGAAUUGAGAUACAACGAAUCUAAAGCUUAUCAAACAUUUAGUUGGAAGUUGAAAUGGAUGCAAAUUGAUAACCAACUAUUUUCCGGAAAUUACUCUAAUAUCCUAUAUCCAACAGAAAUCCCUUACACAGAAAAGGAAAUUGAAAACCAUCCUGUGGUGUCGGGUUCAAUCUCUAAAGUUAAGGACUCCUUGCAAGCUGUCCCAUACUUUAAACACGUCACAUUGCUGAUUCAAGAAUUUUCUAUUCAAUUAGAUGAGGAUAUGCUGUAUGCUAUGAUGGAUUUCAUCAAAUUCCCAGGAUCUCCAUGGAUAAUGGAUUCGAGAGAAUACCGGUAUGUUGAAGAAAUCCAGUUACCUGAUGUUUCUGAAUUGAAAACAGCUGGGGAUAUUUAUUUUGAGAUCUUUCAUAUUCAACCAACUGUCUUACAUCUCUCAUUCAUACGCUCCGAUGAAAUAAGUCCAGGCUUAGCUGAAGAGACAGAGGAGACAUUUUCGUCGUCAUUGUAUUAUGUCCAUAUGUUUGCCAUGACACUCGGUAAUGUUAAUGACGCACCUGUUAAAGUGAACUCUUUGUUUAUGGAUAACGUAAGAGUUCCAUUGCCGAUAUUGAUGGACCAUAUUGAAAGGCAUUAUACAACUCAAUUUGUCUACCAAAUUCACAAAAUUCUAGGGUCUGCGGACUGUUUUGGUAAUCCUGUGGGUCUUUUUAACACAGUUAGUUCCGGCGUUUGGGAUUUGUUUUACGAGCCAUACCAAGGUUACAUGAUGAAUGAUAGACCUCAAGAAAUCGGUAUACAUUUAGCUAAAGGGGGGUUAAGCUUUGCAAAGAAGACAGUUCUCGGUCUUUCCGAUAGUAUGUCUAAGUUUACAGGGUCGAUGGCCAAGGGCCUAUCUGUUACGCAAGAUCUGGAAUUCCAAAAGGUAAGGAGAUUACAACAAAGAAUAAAUAGAAAUAACAGAAAUGCCAUAGCAAACUCAGCUCAAUCAUUUGCUAGCACUCUGGGAAGCGGGUUGAGCGGUAUUGCACUAGAUCCAUACAAAGCGUUGCAAAAGGAUGGUCCUGCCGGGUUCCUUAAGGGCCUUGGUAAAGGUAUUGUUGGAUUUCCAACUAAGACAGCAAUUGGAUUUCUGGACCUUACGAGUAACUUAAGUCAGGGUGUGAAAAGUACUACCACAGUGCUUGACAUGCAAAAGGGUAGCAGAGUACGCUUACCAAGGUACGUAGACCACGAACAGAUUAUCAAACCCUAUGAUCUGCGUGAGGCUCAAGGACAGUAUUGGCUUAAGACCGUCAAUGGCGGAGUAUUUAUGAAGGAUGAAUACCUAUCACACGUUAUUUUGCCUGGCAAAGAAUUAGCAGUGAUUGUAUCCAUGCAACACAUUGCUGAGGUACAUAUGGCCACGCAAGAACUGAUGUGGAGCACAGGAUAUCCGUUUAUUCAGGGAAUUACCCUUGAAAGAUCCGGUCUUCAGAUCAAACUUAAAUCCCAAUCUGAAUACUUUAUCCCCAUUAGCGAUCCUCAGGAACGUCGGUCUCUGUACAGACACAUCGCCAUUGCUGUUAGGGAGUACAAUAAGUACUGUGAAGCCAUUUUAUGA